GCACACUGUUCCACACACAUAUCGGCAAACGCUGGGCGCCAACUCCUUCCAGGCCGCCGCGUCCACGCCGGUGUCGUUGUCUCCACGCCGCCGCCGGCCCGCCACGUCCACGCCGCCACCGCCCACCGCGCCGACUCCGUCCAGGCCGCGCGCGCAAGGCUCCGCAGGCCGCCUUGGCCGGCGGGUGAGCUCGGCUCCGCAGCCCGCCCUGCCACCCGGCGCCGCCGCGUUCCGUCCAGGCCGCGCGCGCUCGGCUCCGCAGGCCGCCAUGGCCGCCGGGUGAGCUCGGCUCCGCCGCCCGCCCCGCCACCCGGCGCCGCCGCAUGAGGUCGCCACGCCACUCCGCGCCGCGCCGUCAGCUCCCCGCCUCCACGCGCCGCCGCGUGAGGUCGCCGCCACCCCUCGCCGCCGGCACUGCCGGACACCCCGAGCCGACGCCACUGCCGGCCCCGGAACGCCGAGACGCUGCGGCGGCUCGCGCAGAACAGGGAGGCCGCGAGGAAGAGCCGGCUGAGGAAGAAGUUGCAUCGCCGGCCAUGAGGCACAAUACUGCGAGCCGUAGCUUGACCUCGACGACCCUGCCAAGUUGCCACCCACAUGGGCGAAAAGACGGAGCGGACCAGAAUCGCGAGUCCACAACACACCAGCCACGCCUACACCUCCGACCCACGAGGAUGGAUGACCGUCAGUGGAUGUACACGGGCCGGCCAAGUCAGGCUGCCAUGACCGAUGAAUGGAUUCAAAAGACCAACGAUUUCUUGGAAGGGGCAUGGGAUCAGGCUGAAGGAGUGAGUGUCAUGUGGUGUCCCUAUAGCAGUUGUGCAAACAAGAAACGAAAAACAAAGAAGGUUAUGGGCCAACAUCUGUGCAAGUAUGGAUUUACGCCAGACUAUACCCGGUGGACCUUGCAUGGUGAAGCCCAUCGUACGGGGGACGAAGUCGUGAGGGCGGGAGGAGGGAAGAAGCACGGCCGGUUCUGGCUCGGUGACAGCGUAGUUUACACGGCCAGUACACGCACUCUCUCCCAGCUUCGGGCAAGGACCACCGACUCGACCCCGCCCAUACACCCACGGCCCGAGACUUCAGUGGCCAGCAUGCAUGCAAUUCAGGCCCAGUUGGAUGAAGAGAAGAGAAAGCGGCAGGAGAUCGAGGAGAGGUUGGAGCAGGAGAGGAAGCUAAGGGAGGAGCAGGAGCAGAUGGUUGCAGAGGAGCAGCAGAGGAUGAUGAAUGCUGAGCGGCAGAGGUAUGAGGCCUGGCAACAACAGAUGUAGACCAUGUUCGCCUACAUUCAAGGUCUUGGCGCAUCUGUAAACUAUCAAUCGCCUCCAACGGUGUUGCGGCCUCCGCCAGCUCCACCUCCACCACAGAUGCCCUUUACACCGAUGAAUCAAUCGGGGGUGGCAUUGAAUGAGCCUCCGGACGAGCACUCGUCGGCAUAGAAGUGGCCAGCUAGGGGAUCUGACUAGAGAUGAUUAAGGUAUUGUUCAGUUGUUAGACUUGUGCGUGUUGGACUAUGGACUAUUGGAUGUUAGAUUUGUGGUUGUUAGACUUGUGGAUGUUGGACUUGUCGAUGUUAGACUUGUGGAUGUUGGACUUGUGCUUGUGGAUGUUCGACAUGGAUUUGUGGACUAAAUUAGAACAUUAUGAGAUAUUUGUGCUAUAUGUGUGAUGGAUGUUAAUUGCCUAUGAUGUAUAUAUCAUGCUAUGUUUGAUUU